GAUGUUUGGAGAAGGCAAUGAUAAUUGACAACAUCGAUGCCAUGAGAAAAAUCAGAGAUCCUUGGAGGCUAUGUUCUUUAAAUCAAGUAGAAGAAGUGAAGCUUGUCUUUCGCCUUAUCCCCAUAUGGUUAAGUUGCUUGAUGUUCCCCAUAGUAAUGACUCAACUCCAAACCCACUUCACCAAACAAGGCAGUACAAUGAUGAGAUCAAUCGGACCCCAUUUCAAAAUUCCCCCAGCAUCACUUCAAGCCAUUGUUGGCUUCACAAUUCUAAUCACCAUACCAAUCUAUGACAGAAUUCUAGUCCCCUGGACUAGAAAAUUCACAGGACACCCAUCUGGGAUAACUUCACUCCAAAGGAUAGGAAUCGGCCUAUUUUUAUCCAUUCUUAUAAUGGUUGUGUCAGCCCUAGUAGAAGCCAGAAGGAUCAGCAUUGUAAAACACAAUAACCUCAUGGAAAACCCUAAAGCAAUAGUUCCAAUGAAGCUGUGGUGGCUGCUACCACAAUAUAUGCUUUGUGGUUUGGCAGAUCUGUUUGCGUUUGUAGGGCAACAAGAACUGUUCUAUGCUCAAAUGCCGGAGUCAAUGAGAAGCUUAGGAGCAGCACUUUACCUUAGUGUUUAUGGAGUGGGAUGUUUCCUCAGCAGUGCUGUUAUUUGUGUGGUUCAGGAGAUUAGUUCAAGCUGUGGUGACGAAUGGCUUGGUGACAACCUCAACCGUGCACACCUUGAUUACUUCUAAUGGGUGCUGGCUGGUUUGAGUGCUUUGAAUUUGUGUGUUUAUGUGUGGAUUGCUAAGCGUUUUGUGUACAAAAAGGUAGAGGGGAUCAUGGGGAGACAUGAUGAAACCAUAGUGCCACGUGUGGUGUCGCUUGGGCAGUCGAUAUAGAAUCACCAAACUCCAAACAAAGUAUAUGCAUGUUAUUUAAAAGAAAUGCUUCUAAUUUACAUUCUACUGUUCAUCUCGUUUACAUCUCUGUUGAGUU